AAAAUAUUUUAUUGUUCUAUUAUGAUUUAGAAACUGUACCCUGGAGAUUAAUCCAAGAGCUAUAUUCAUAUGAAAAGUCAACGAAUUAUUACUAGCCUGACAUUUGCAGCUUCAUCGUAUAUCCGUACUUGUUUCAAUUUCGAGUACGUUAGGAAAACACAGCACAAACAGUAUGCUUUGGAACAGGUGAAAAAGUAGCUUUUAUGAGCUGCACCAUACAUAUAAAGGCAAUGCUGGAAGAAGACCUAGCAGCAAAUCUGCAUUUUUGUAAAUUCUCAUUUAAAUGCAGGAAGGUUUCAGCUAAGUCUUAAAACUUCAGCUCUCCAAGAAAACAACGCACGAAAACUACUCCAGAAUCUGACCAUCUCCUCUUUAAACUUUAUGAAUGCAGGUCAAACCUUACCAUGGAUAUUUAAAGAAAUCCCAUUGGUUUGGAUGUCUGGCUGUUAUUAGUAUAAUAAUAGAGUUUUUUCGCGGUGCCGAACUCGGUUGCGUGGGGCUGGAAACACUCGGUGUCCCCGCAGCGGCUGCAAGGAGGUGCAGAUCGGGCUCUUCUGUUGUUGGCAACGUGCAAAUACAAAGUCUCAGUGGUGAUCUCACCUCUACGGCGAUGGGGAAAGAGAAGUGGCCCAAACCUGAGAUUUUCAGCACACUCCGUGGUAUGCGGUGGCUACGUGUAUUCCAUAUAUAGAAGGAGAAUGCGCGUGGUACUUUAGGUAUCCUAAAAGUAGAUUUAUCUUCAGCCUUUGCUCUCCACCAAAUACUCAUCUGAGAAGCUUCUCGCUUUCCUUAUAAAAAGUAAUUUCCCUAUGGAAAUCUUCUAACGGAGCAGAGUUUGGAGCUGUUGUUUCCCAUCUCCAUAAAUCUGACCAUAGGGGUCUCUUGAAAGAAAAUUGCUAAGAAUUUCCAACUGGACUAUGUAAUCACAGCGCCUGGUAUCAAGAGGAGGGGGAGUGACAUGAAAUCACUGACUUGUGACAUACAUUCCUCAGCAACAGCAGCUGCUGCCUAAUGACAGCUAAUAAAGGGAAUCUUCCCUUGACAGAGCCGCAUGCCUGCAGUGGGACUGGAAUGCGCCCCAGAUAAAUCCCUUGAUAACCCAGGAAGCAGAGAUCACACCAAACCGUAUAAAAGACGAGCUUCGAAAGAGAGAGGAUAGGAGAAAGAAGAGAGAGACCUGAAGAGCCAUCUCAGAAAAACAGCUUGAACUUCCCAUAUUCCCAACGAACCCAGCGCCAUGGACACUAGAGGCUCAUUUUCCUGUGGUCUUCUCUUGCUGCUUCUCAUCCAGCUGCAGCCCAGCAGAGCCAACCCCAUCUACAACCUCAGCCCUGCCAAAGAACUGGCCAGCAUGGAGGCUCUUCUUGAGAGACUGGAGGAUAAGUUUGCACUGAUUGAAGCCCUGGAGUCCAAUCCUGACCUGCAAGAGCCCAAAACUCAGGAGGAGAUCCCACCAGAACUCAUAGACGACAGCGAUGAGCAGAAGGCUGAAUCCAAGCUAGCAUCCAACACUCCACUGUCCUACAGGAAUCCCUUCCUCAAGAGACUGAGGGGGAUGCAGAUGCCCAGGAUGAUGAGAGAUUCUGGCUGCUUCGGCAGGAGAAUUGAUAGAAUUGGGUCCCUGAGCGGAAUGGGUUGCAAUGGUGAGUUCAGCUUUAGCCAUUCUGGUGAAUAGAAUGGACUGUAUUUAUAUUUUUGCAAUAAGGGAGGACCAGGCUUUCAUUUAAGUCCUUAAUAGUAAGAAACAGUUACACACUUGGAGAAAGGAGUUCAUUUUAGUCUAAUCUUUAAGCUAAUAUUGGUUUUCCAAAAUAAACUUCACGUCUAUUGAUUAGACCGAUGGAAGCAUUGCUGACAAUGGUGGCAUAUACUGAAAUAGAAACAGAUUCCAGUAACAAUUAUUGCACGUUUGGUUUGCAGGCUCCAGGAAGAAUUAGGACAGCUUCCCUACCCAUGCUCUGAAGAAUGCUUUACAGAACCCGUUCCUCCCAAGAUGAAAGCCGGACGCUUUCUAAACUCGUCAACAGAAAGUUAUUCCUAUUUUUAUUUAUUUAUUUAUUUAUUUAUUUGAGCUCUCUCUGCCUCUCUCUCUCUCUCUCUCUUUUUUUUUUUUUUUAAAUAACAUUUCUUACUCUAGCACCCUGAGACCGUCUUUAAAUAAAACUAACACGUUAGAUAUCUAUGCUGGACCUCUCUCCUGUCUGUCGCAUUAAAAUUUCUUGUAUUUUCCUAAAGUCAAAAGCCUGUGUUUUAUUGGUACUCUGCUACCCACGAGGCUGGGUCUCACUUUUACACAAAACCAAGAAAGGACGAAGCUGGGAAAAUGAGAAUGAGUUUUUCCAUCGAGUUUUCCUCUCUACACUAAGAAAUUACAACAGAUUAGCAGGAAAAAGUCUUGCUCAGCACUGGAAGACCGACAGCAGUAGAUGUAGUUUCAGUAACAAGAAAGUCCUGUUGCUGAUACACAUUACUCAGUCAAUGCAACUGCCACUCCACUGCCACAAAUCCCUCGUGUCAGCACAAGUUACAAGAAAAGAAAUUAAAAAGAUUACAAAACCCCACAAGUUACAAGCUAACUAGAGGGAGGAAAGGGAAUUUGUUGUAUAUGCUUUCUAGCACUGACCAAAUAAAGGCUAUAAGCAUCAACAGAAAGAUAUGUCACUGACUGUGUCUUGUCUCACUCUGCAUGUGGUUGAGCUGCUGAUCCCCAGUGCUGCUUGAUGCUUCUCAGAGGGCACGAAUCCUAUCACAGCACUGAGGGCAGGCGGGAUCACUUCAGUUAUGAGCAGCUUGUGCAUAACAUUUAUUACUUUCUGGGAAUCACGCAGUUGUUCUGAACACGACUAACAGAAAUUCUACUCAUUUAAACCUUUGUAGCUGGAUUUCACACCUAUGAUCUGACUUUGUCCCAAGCCACGCUUGCCAGGCACUACCCCAUCAUCCCCUCCAUAGGUUUAUAUUGCCAGAACCAUCCACUUAGCAUCCCAAGGAUCCCCUGGGGAUCAACAGCAUUGAACUCAGACUACACAACCGCCCUGUGGGUCCGCACACUGCUGGAAACUGGGUUAUGGUGAGGAUCUAGUUAGGGUCUUGUUUUCAGCAUCCUUUACCAGAGCUCCAAGAAAGCUCAUUCAGAGUGUAGGAACAUGGCACCAAGAUGGACUCAACUGGUGGACGUGCACAUACACCCACCAAGGUGGUCUGUCUGAAGAGGAAUGAUACUUGGGACAGGCAAGGUGCCAGUGCCAUGCCAGCUGUUGACAACAGCUCCCAGGAACCACAGCUGUACUGAACUUGGAGUGCUAACAACACGCCUGCACGCCUGACUUCCCACACGAUGCUAUAAAAGGAGGUAAAACCAAUCCUCUAACACUAACAGCCCUUGCUGGAGCUGAGUUUUACCCAGUCAAGCAAAACCUUCAUGGAUACAUCCAGGCUCUGCAAAUUAUCCCUCCCUGUCAGCUCCCCAGGGCACAAAACACUAAAGAGUUCAGUGGAACGUGCUAAAAAUGGCAAGAAGAGUUGGCACUGCCUGACCCAAAGCCAGGUGGGUCCAGUAUUAAGAGCAAACCAGUUCCUGGUGGAACAGGUCUGCAUUGGCUUGCAGACAGCAUGUUAAUAGGCCCCGCGGCCUGGGAGAACCUAAUUGAGAGCAGGCAAUCUAGGAAAAACGCAUCUCUGUGGGUAGAUUUUUAGUGCUGCUCCCAUAAACACACUGAGCUGUAAACCUCCCCCGAGGAAAUCGCACAGACAGGUCAGGAUAGGAUUGCAUGCAGGAAAGAGUGCUUGGAAAAAGCUGAAUGAGAGAAACUCAGCACUGAUCAGCUCUGUGUGCAAAGAGCAUCUCGCUCAAGGACAAGCAGAGCUACCACAGCACAGACGAGGGAACAGACAGUUCCAAACAAGCACAAGACAAAAGCAACCCCCUCUGUAUGGAGAAAGCAAGGACACCUGAAAGCUGAACUCCUCUUCCCAGCAACCUGUGCUUGGGCUCAUGGCUCAGGCAUUCAAAGGAGGGUCCUGUUCUCCCCUAUGUUACAUUAGGUUCUAAACACACACUGCAGUCUUUCCCCUUUGUGCAGACAGAAGCAGACACUUGAUGACAUUUUAUUUCUUCUGCUGUUUGCAAUGCAGUGAAUUUGCACAGAUGCAUGCACCGGCCAUGAAAGGAUGCAGGUAUUCCUUCUAACUAGGACGUGCUCUCUUUCAGCAGUAGUCAGUCCUGCAUGAAUCCACAUCUAAAUGUGAGGAGGCUUCCUCCAGAUUUGUAGUGGAUCUGCCUUCAGUGGCUAUAAAUUUUGGAAACUAAUCCUGGCAGAACUGUUUGGAGGCAAAGGAAGAACUGUACUGGAGAAGAAAUAAGCAGUACCAGACUGUUGUGAGGGCAUGAACCGAAGAUUAAUGUAUUCCUGCUGUCUUCACACCUAUCAGAGACAGACACACGCCUUCUAAAGAAACUGCCCCUAAGGGAAGACAAGGUUUGCAAUGUGUACUGAUAACAGUGUAGGAAAUAGGCCAGCGGCCACACACCCAAACAAGCACUUCAGUUUUGCUUUAGCAGCUGUGCUAUGAGUCAGACCUGAGACAAGGAAUCAGUGUAGCUUGUAAUGGUAAACAAUUCAAAAACAGGAUGCCUCUGGGACAAAGCUAUUGCUGCUAAGCAAGAGCUGAUGGCAAAUCCAGAUAACAGCGAUUAUAUUACAAGUAAUUGUUCAGCACCGAGCACAGGACAGCUCUGAAAUCCUGCCCUCCUCCAUACCGUUGGGCAUCUGAGUGCUUUAUAAGCCCAAACCAACCAAAGAUGCACCCAAGUGCUAUCAUGCAAACGAAGAAACAUCCCAGUGGGAUCAGAGGAGGACCAGCCUAGCACUCUCCACCAGGCUCCAAUGACAUUUGCCACCUCCUGCAGUGCCACACUUCAUCCUCGCUUUGUAACAGCUUCUGGCAGUAACCCUGCCUGGUGGUGCAUAAUUCAGCAGCUUCCUCUCCUUUGAACUUGGAAAUGCAGUAAUUACACGGGUGUGCUCCAUACACACUGCAGAGCCUCAUUAUGAAAGCAGUCCGGUUGGUCUGGGGUUCUUACUCUCACACCUUUCAAGCGUGAAGCCUCAAAAUGAGCUGAGCGUGCCUUGCAGCAGGCGUCCCUGCACUGUCAUUCCCUGCUAGGGUUGUACCAUUGCCACCCCUGUGACAGCUGCUGUAGACAACUAACUUUAAAAGGGAACCUUCUGCUGGCUCCAGUACCCAACCUCUUAACAGAGCGAGCCAAAGAAUGCAAUGGGCUCCAUUCUUUAAGUGUUGUUCCAGCACAAGCAGAAAGAGGUGGGGUCUCAAGAUCACAGCCUCACAGUAAGGAGAAGGAAGAGAAAACACGAGUGAAACAAUAAGGCAGGAAGAAACCCUAAGAUGACAGAAUGGGGCUCUCACACCUCGUUGCUGGCAAUCAGUAACUGCUGCCAUCUUGGAUUCUUUUUACUGAUCACUUGCAAUAAGCACCCAAGGCCUCUCCUCCUGCCUUCCUAUCUGAACAAAAUGAAAGGAAGUGGUAGAAAUGGUGUUCCUAAUCUGAAGAGUCAUGGGCACACCCGCUCCCCUCUCAGCAGUACAACUCCCUCAUUACAAACAAGAUGUUGUACCACACGUACACGCUGUUUUCCUCGCAGCAGAUUCUAUCACCAAGCGACAUACUUUCAAAGAAAGCAGCAGCAGCUUACAGUUGUAAUCAGAGUUUGGUGUCUUCUAUGUGCAAAGGAAAGCAUUUGUCAGACCUUCCCUUCCUAUCUCCCAACUGAUGUCUCAGAGAACCAGCAGAAUCCUGCAUAAAGAAAGAAGCAGAGUUGUAAGGAAAAGGAAUUUCUUUUAUUUUUUUUUAAACAAGACAUUGUACUGAGACAGGCCUUCUAUGCUGGGAACUGGGGAGAUGUGAAAGAAAGAUCAAAUCAAUGUGUAAAGUUGGGCAUCCCACAGAGAGAUUCUCAGGUACAAGCAGCAAGGAGAUGCUGGGUGAGUCAGCAAGGCUCUCAGUGCUGCCUUUUCUUCUCUGUUACAGCUGUGAGAUCUUCAGAACAGUGUUGUUUUCUACAUUCACCUACACAAGUGGAUUCCAGGCUCCUGCUCCUAGACUCAUCCUUUCCUUUCUGUAGCUCUGAAACAGCCCGGAGAAAGGGACAUCUGGAUCAUACAGCAACCUCUAAGUCUCAUUGAAACUGACACCUCUCAUUCCGAGAUGGUGAAGGGGGGCAACUCUCUGCCAUCUCAGUUCAGCUGUGAAAGAACUCUUUUACACGCAGCAGUUGAACAGCUACAGUGGGUGCUACAGAGGCUGAGUGCAUCCCACCGCAUUGCUGAACCACACUUCAGCACCUUGGACAAGAAGAGGAUCUUCACCCUCAGCAAAUGCACAAAAGCAAUGGAAGCCUGGGGCAGCAGUCCUGUUUUUUCCUAUGUCUGUACUGCAUGAUACACACACCUUCAUAAGUAUAUACACCUGCUGAAGAUGGUGGUUUGCAUGCUGCCAGCGAAGAAAGAAAAAAUGAACAAUAAAAUCUCAUUGAACAACACUGACUUUGUUAUAUAGACAGUUUACAGGGACUGUAACAUGUGGUUGAAUUUAUGAGCCUAUAAACCUCGGUAAAAAGGGAUUUUCAUCUAAACAUAAAGCUGGUUCCUUUAAGCAUGAACUUACUGCACAGCUUUUCUCAUAACCACCGAUAAAACACAAGGCAACUACUGCUCUUCAAGCAAGAAACUCACUGCUUGUAUUUUCUGCGAGUUGACGUUACACCAAACUGACAUGCUGUUCCUGAAAACACAACCAGAAAUCUCAUAUUUGUGUGUGUGGUCUGGGGGAGAAAGUAGACAAAAGAACGGUAGCCUGUUACCUCCUUUAUUUACUGUCAUACUAAGGCAGUAGUUGAUGUGCAUCGGUUUUAAGAAGACAAUUAAUGUCUCUCACUUCUUUCUGUGUUACUGCAUUUAUGACCAAGGUUGAGGCAGUUUCCUCCCUUACUGUUUUGCUGACUCUCCUCAACUCUGAUCCCUUGCUAGCAACACAUCUUAACUAAGAGGACUACAUCACUUCUUUAGAGCCCAGCAGCAGGUCUUCAGCUCUCUCCUCCCAGCAGAUGCUUUCAUCCACCUCAGGCCCUCCCUACCAUGGCUGACGUUGUGUAAGAGCUGCUAUGUGCAUCCUGCACAAUAUAGCUACCCGAGGAAGAAAAUCAAGCAUGGGAAGGCAGCGAGCUUUUGGGCCAAGUACUUACAUAGUGCUCAAGGAUUGUACUUACAUUUUUAGCCUAUAAGCAAGUGACGAAAGAUCAAAACUUGGCACAAGUUCUUCACUAUAUGCUCACAAACUAAAUAGGAGCUAAACAUGAAAUUAAGAUUUUUUUUUUUUUCCCCCAUUUGGAGAAGUCAUCUGUUAAACAAGGGGUGCAACACUGCACUCUAAACAUCGGUCACGUGGAGGAGAGCGGAAAGCAAGAGUUCCCAGGCAAGAAAAGCAGCACUUGCUUCUAGCACAGCGCGCACAAUUCAGCUCCUUACCAACGUUA